CCUGAAACCCUUUGCUAGUGCCUAGUUCUAGUUCUAGUUCUAGUUUUAGCCAACUGAGAGAACGGCCAUGGAGGUGGUUGCUGCCACCGAAUCCGAUCGUCACCGUUGCUCUUGAUCCCAAUUGCAAUCCCGCAACAGAGGGACGAGGAUGGCGAUGAAUAUCGAUCUAUGGGCCAAAGAUGAAGGAUUGGUUAAAAGGAAUGUGGUCUCCCGAGGAGGAUGCCAUGCCAUUUUCGUUCUCAAAUUCGGUGUUAGGGACUUGUCUCUUGAUCACUGCCUGCUGUCAAUGGUACUACGGUGUCAAGGAUUUUGCAUGAACCUUAUACUGCUUUUACUUACUACUAGCGCCAAUGAACAGAAAAUUAAGGACUAGGAGGUGUGACAUUGCAUAUUGUUGUAGAGGAGGAGGAGGACCGGAUUUUACCUUUUCUAUGCUUUGAGAGAGCUUUUGCACAUUGCAGAUUAUAUGAUUUACGGAAAUUUGGAGGUGAAUAGUGCAUACUGGCAUUGAAGCUGGUGGAUUGCUUCAUGAUUUGCAACUCCAUGUCAGGAAAGCUGAACAUGUAUGAAAACAAGGUAGAAAUAUAGUACAUUUUGAUACAAGUUCACGUGAAGCAGGUAGGCAUUGCAUUUUUUAUAUCUGUUGAUGGGAAAUGUGAUAUAUAUAUAUAUAACAAGACUAUAACUAUCAGAGGCAGUCAUGCAGAACACGCCCAGAAAGGAGAUCCAGCCUGGUAACUCUGUUAUUCUGACCCUGGUAUGUCCAUAGCAUGCUCCACCAUAUCCACCGUAUGUAUCUGCGAUGUCAUGCGGAAAACUUCAAUCUCACUAAACGUAGACUACUUAGUUUUGUUGUUAUUUUUGGUGUUCUCAUAAGAACCAGGAAAAAACUGAUCCCCUUGUCUUUCACAUCAUAUGAAUGGGGUUUAGGCCUCGACCCUUGAGUAUAGUUGGAUGGGCCGCUUUCCUAAUGUUCUUUUGCCAUUAGGACCCACCGUCAAUGCAAGAUUUUUAUUUAAAUUAAAAACAAUAAAAAGGGGAAAAAAAGUCGUUUGCUUCCCUAAAUGACUCGUUUCUUGUGAUUUUUUUUUGGUCCUGCCAUUUUAGUUAUAUUGGUUCAGCAGGACCGGAUAGUGUAGUGUGUACUCAUGUGUUGGAAACUUGGAAUACAUGCGGCCGAUGGUACCACUAUACAUGUGCUACUGUGCAAGCAGUUGUUUGUGUCUGAGAAAGCUGUGUAAUAUAAAAUGGAAAAUGUUUUCUUAUGGUCUUGUGUGCAUCUUCUAAAUUCCACUUCGUAAGGUAAAUGAAAAGCAUGGUUCAUCUCCAGUGCCUUCUCAUUCCUCAUCAUUUCUUCCCCCACCUGCCCAAAGUAAAUCAUCUCUUGGUCCACUCUCUCAUCAAGCUUCCUUUGCUUGAAAUGCAAGUAUUUCCUUUUAUUUUGUUUUCCUUGGUCUGGCCUUGUCGAAGCACCUCUCUCAUGGAUUCCCAUUGUGUGAAUGCAUCAUCACCAAACCAGUAACUUCUUAAAGGUUCCGUCUUGGAUUUCUUUAGCUGAUGGCAGAGAUGGGUCAGGCUUCUUGCGAGGAUAUAGAAAGAGGGCCUCACCGGCGGUCCUUUAAUGGCGAUGACAGUGAUGGCAGCCACUGUUCUUCCGAUGCUGAAGAGCAGUCCUGGCAUUCACCUUACAAUGCAAACUGUGCCGCUUCACCAUAUGCUGUGUUUCGGGCUUCAUGUGCAUCAUCAGAUCAUGAGACUGAUGUAGCAUCAGAGCCUUGCAGAAACUCCUGUUUCUCGGAGUCUUCCCUUGAGAUUGAUUUGGAGAGUGGGGUGACUGAGGUUAAGGUGAAUUUGACCAAAGUUGUGGAGAAGGAUUGCAGGAUCUGUCAUCUUGGUUUACAAAGUGCUGCCUGUGAAUCUGGCGUUGCUAUUGAAUUGGGUUGCUCUUGCAAGGGUGAUUUGGCUUCUGCCCACAAACAAUGCGCUGAAAAAUGGUUCAAAAUCAAAGGAAACAAGACCUGCGAAAUAUGUGGCUCAAGUGCGCAAAAUGUUGCCGGUGUGGCGGACAUUCAGACGGAGCAUACUGAAGAGUGGAACGAGACCAACAAUAAUAGCAACAAUACUGGUACAGGUGCUGCAGCAGCAUCGGAGAAUAGGAGAUUUUGGCAAGGCCACCGUUUUGUCAAUUUCUUGCUUGCUUGUAUGGUCUUCGCCUUUGUUAUCUCCUGGCUUUUCCACUUCAAUGUCCCCGGCUGAGCCCUUCUCCUCCACAUUGUACCAAGUCUGUUCACCAUACCAUAUCAUGAAUAUAUAUAUAUAUAUAUAUAUAUAUAUAUAACUCCUGUACUGUUACAAGACCAGUUGAUCAGAGAGAACAGGGAGAGAUAUACAUGACAAGACGUACCUUUUUCUACGUCUAAGGAUGUCUUGUCACUGUUGUCUUCUUUUAACUAGCUCUUCCGUUUGUGAACUUUCCUCAAAUACAUUUUGGUAUUUCAUGCGUGCUUGAGCUUA